UUGUAACGUAACAAAGUUCAUUCGUGAGUGUAGGAGCCCUACAUUUGCUCAUUUUCCGAUUCACGUGUGGGAAAAGUUCCUGCAUGUUCAUGUUUGGGCAUAAAUCAUUGUUUUAAAAUACUCAUGAAAUGUCGGACAAAUCUAGCCACGAUGUCUUUACUUCUCCGAGGGAAUUUUGCCCUCAGUGCGGUUCUGUUCUACCCUUUCCUCAUCUGGGAACAUUGCUCAUGAAGUGCAGUUUGUGCCCGUAUGAAGUGGACUCGAGAACUGCUCUACAUGGCAUUGUCUACUAUUCCCAUCUGAAGCUCAACACACGCAAGAAGGCUAAAGGUCAUACAGAGGUCACCAUUGAGAAAGACCUUGGACCAUUGAUUGAUAGGGCGUGCGCAAAGUGCGGACACGAUGGUCUCCAUUUCCACACCCGACAGACGAGAUCAGCUGAUGAGGGACAGACAGUCUUCUAUUUCUGCCCGUCCUGCAAACAUCAAGAGAUUGAGUACUCAUGAGAUGCUCUGCAAACAUCUUCUCAGGGAGGAGUUGUCUUAAGCCAUCAGUGGAGGACUGAGCUCUCUUUUGACCCAGGAGGAUUUCAGUCGACUGUUGCCAUACUGACUUAUGUUUAUGGGACGCUGCCGUAAACCAGCUGCCAGUGAGCGGUAUUGUCGUUUCUAAUAGGAGGAGAAAUUUGUAAAUAGUAUGGAAGAAAAACAGAGUUGGGCCAUGUGACCCAUUUGCAUGCUUUAUCCACGAGGAGUCUCGAUGGAGAACAAUGGUCAAAUUCAUGCUGCUGAAGUCGCAUCAGUCAGAAAACUUCGCUCGGAGGUCAACCCGGCCUGGCACAACCAUGGGUACCGGUCCACGCGCUGAUCAGAAUGCCCAUGUGAACUCAGUGUUCCCUGACCCUACGCAUAUUGAAAUCCAACUUUAAUAAACGGCAUAACUCUCCUUGGGGAAAG